ACUACUAGGGGUGGUCGGAGGGUGGGCUCGAGCCACGAGACAGCAGCAGAGCGUGUGGUGCGAGUGUAGCGCGUUCAUUCAAUGAAACGGGAGCGAGGCAAGUAGCCUACAGAGGAACCGCAACAACAAAUGGGAAUAACAACUGAGAAAUAGGGACCAUUUCCUUCAGGAUGGGAUUCAUUUUUAGAUGACGGAGAAAGCAACGUUUCUUGAGAGAUGCUCCUGUUUCAGACUAAGGUUCUAGGUUGUGACAGAAUCAAGGACAACAAAAAAUAAUUUACACAACAGCCUAGUAACCGAACGUAAAUUACUACUUGCUGCUGUUGCUGGCUCGGGAUUACAACUGGAAGCGAUUGGAGAGUUGCCUUUCCCGGGACGUCUAUGCACAUUCAUGUGCAAAGUAGCUUAGUUGUGAUGCUGCGACUCAAUAAGAACAAAUUUGACGAAGGUGUUAAAUUGAGUUUGCAAACUUGUAGGGUUUGGCUGCCCUAGUUGUAACGGUCGCCUAAGCUCCUAGGUUGCUGCCAGCCUUCGUUUCCCUCUAGUUACUUGGAUAUCAAGUCAUUUUACUGUGCCACAGACUUCCUCCAACGGGAGUAAUACAUAUAUUCUUCUCCGCGGUUUCCCUGGCUAAGGAGGUUAUGGAGUUUCAUCCCACAUUAGAUGCUCUACCAAUACUAUUUGCACUCAUCAGUAUCACCGUAGGAUCCCGUCCGAGGCUUGAGGAUGCUCCUCCGCGGAUCCUGGAACACCCGUCCGACCUGAUCGUGUCCAAGGGCGAGCCGGCCACCCUCAACUGCAAGGCGGACGGACGGCCCACGCCCACGGUGGAGUGGUACAAGGACGGCGAGCGGGUGGAGACGGACCGCGAGGACCCGCGCUCCCACCGCAUGCUGCUGCCCAGCGGCUCGCUCUUUUUCCUGCGCAUCGUGCAUGGCCGCCGCAGCAAGCCCGACGAGGGCGUCUACGUGUGCGUGGCACGCAACUACCUAGGAGAGGGUGUCAGCCGCAACGCCUCGCUGGAAGUAGCCAUCCUGCGUGAUGAUUUCCGUCAGAGCCCGAGUGACGUGGUGGUGGCCGCGGGCGAGCCGGCGGUGAUGGAGUGCAUCCCGCCCCGCGGCCACCCCGAGCCCACCAUCUCCUGGAAGAAGAACAACGUGCGCGUCAACGACAAGGAGGAGAGGAUCACGGUCCGUGGUGGGAAGCUAAUGAUCUCCAACACGCGGAAGAGUGACGCAGGGAUGUACGUGUGUGUGGGAACAAAUAUGGUGGGCGAGAGGGACAGUGACCCUGCAGAGUUGGUGGUUUUCGAGCGUCCCAUGUUUGUACGCAGACCGGUGAACCAGGCAGUGCUGGCGGAUGACACUGUGGACUUCCUGUGCGAAGUGCAGGGCGACCCCACCCCUACCGUACGCUGGCGCAAAGAGGAGGGGGACCUGCCACGUGGGAGAUCCGAGAUCAGGAGUGACAGCAGCCUGCGUCUGACUAAUGUGCGAGCCGAGGACGAGGGCACGUACACCUGCGUGUCUGAGAACAGCGUGGGGAAGACAGAGGCCACCGGAAUACUCCAGGUCCAUGUGGGCUCAUCUCUUCCUCCCCAGAUCGUGGUGCGUCCUCGGGACCAGAUCUCAGCCCAGGGUCGCACCGUCACCUUCCUCUGUGGCACCAAGGGCAACCCUCCCCCAGCCGUCUUCUGGCAGAAGGAGGGCAGCCAGAUCCUGCUGUUUCCCAGCCAGCCCCCAUCAGAGUCGGGGCGCUUCUCUGUGUCUCUGAGCGGCGAGCUGACCAUCGUAGACGUGCGCGGCGAGGAUUCUGGGUUCUACAUCUGUCAAGCCAUCAGCGUCGCUGGGAGCAUCCUCACCAAAGCCUUGCUGGAGGUGGAAGACGUGCCAUCAGACCGAGUGCCUCCGAUCAUCCGGCAAGGGCCAGCCAAUCAGACGCUCGCACCUGGAGCCACGGCCCAACUGCAGUGUCACGUGAUGGGGAACCCUCUUCCCAGCAUUCAGUGGGAGAAGGACAGCCAACGGAUCCUGGCCAACGACGAGCGCAUCAGCCUCAUGGAGAACGGCACCUUACAGAUCAUCAACCUGCAGGAAACGGACUCGGGGACCUACACCUGUGUUGCCUCCAGCUCGAGCGGAGACACAAGCUGGAGUGGAGUUGUCACCGUGAAAGAGAGUGUCGACUCGUCCAUGGGCCAGGCGUCGGAGCCGAUCCAGCUUCCCGGUCCUCCCCAGAAGCCCGUGGUGACGGACGUGACCCUGAACAGUGUGACCCUGACCUGGCAACCCAACGCACACGAGGGAGGAGCCGCCGUCACCUCUUAUAUUAUUGAGGCCUUCAGCCAAUCGGCGGGCAGCACCUGGCAGACGGUGGCGGACCUGGUGCGUCAGGAGAAGCACACGGUGGGCGGCCUCUUCCCCAACACGGUCUACCUGUUCAUCGUGCGCGCCGUCAACGCCUACGGCCUCAGCGACCCCAGCCCCAUCUCUGAGCCCGUGCGGACGCAAGACCUGAGUCCCACAGGCCAGGGCGUGGACCACAGGCAGGUGCAGCGGGAGCUGGGGGAGGUGGCCGUGCUCCUGCAGGAUCCCCUGGUCCUCAGCGCCUCCAGCGCCCAGCUCUGGUGGACGGUGGACCGGCAGUCCCAGUACAUCCAGGGCUUCCGGCUCCUGUACCGGCCCAGUGGAGGCUCCUGGCUGAUGCAGGACGUGAAGGCCGCACCGGAGCGCAGCGCCGUCCUAACGGACCUGCUGAAGGGCACGGAGUACGAGAUCAAGGUCCGGCCCUACUUCAACGAGUUCCAGGGCAUGGACAGCCGCGUGGUCGUGGUGCACACGCCGGAGGAGGUGCCCAGUGCCCCUCCUCAAGCUGUUACCGUGUCGACGCUUAACCUUGGCAACAGCUCCAGCAUCAGCGUUUCCUGGCAGCCUCCCCCUGCUGACGCGCAGAACGGACUCAUCCAGGAGUACAAGAUUUGGUGCUUGGGCAACGACACUCUGACUCGGUACCACAUCAACCAGACGGUGGACGGGCGCGUCCUCUCCACGGUGCUGAAGGGGCUGCUGCCCGGCGUCUGGUACCAGGUGGAGGUGGCAGCCGUCACCAGCGCCGGCGUGGGCACCCGCAGUGAAGCUGUACCCAUCUUCAUCAAACACCCAGCGGAGCCACCGGUGGUGCCCGGCGGGCCUGACGAGAACGUGAGUCUGGCAGAGCAGAUCACAGACGUGGUGAAGCAGCCGGCGUUCAUCGCGGGCAUCGGCGGUGCAUGCUGGGUAAUCCUCAUGGGCUUCAGCGUGUGGAUCUACUGCCGCCGCAAGAAGAGGAAGGAGCUGAGCCACUACGCCGCCUCCUUCGCCUACACCCCCGCAGUCGGUUUUCCCCAUGGAGAGGGUUCGGGAGUCAAUGGAAGGCCUGGCGUUCUGGGGGGCGGCAUGGGGAACUACCCCUGGCUGGCCGACUCGUGGCCCACCUCCAACCUCAUGCACAGCGGCAAGGACUCCGUCAACUGCUGCACGGCCAAACAUGACUCAGCAGAAAGAUACUACAAUGAGGUGGGCAUCUCCAACUACCUGAACCAGACGGAGAAGUACAGCACGGGCUCCAACGAGGGGCCCAUCUACAGCACCAUCGACCCCACCAGUGAGGACCUGCGCAGCUUCUCCGCACCCUACUCCCAGCAUGCCACGCCCUACGCCAGCACUCCCAUCAUGCCUUUCUCCGCACAGGGCCCUGUCAGCCCCCAGCAGGAUGCCGCCCACUGGAUGCCCCAGCCGAGCACCUCAGGGGCGCAGUAUGCCCAGCCUGACCGCUCCAAGACAGACAACGCAGCCAAACACAGCAAGCAGAAGUCGAUGGGUAAGGCGGUGAAGACUCCCUCUCUGACCUGGAUGGAGCCUCUGCCCCCGCCGCCGCCCUCAACAGGGGAGACGGAGCAGUAUGCCGACGAGCUGGAUCCCGACCACGACGACCACGACAUCCAAGACCUAGGUUCCGACGAGGAGGAGGAAUGGUGUCCGCCGUUGCCCGAGCGGACCUACCUCAUGGACGGCACGGACGAGGGCAGCCACGGCCACGGGCACGGACCCGGCCCCGGACCCUGCCCACCCCUGCGGACGGACGCCUCGUCCCCAACCACCUCCUACAGCCACCAGUCCACAGCCACGCUCACCCCCUCCCCCCGGGACGAGGGGCGGCUGGGGCACGACAUCCCUCGUCUGCACCACCUGGAUGCACCCCCCCAGACACGACGGUUGCCGUGUGGACCGGUACCGAUCCCGCGCGCCCCCAGCCCACCCCUGACCCAGUCCAACCCCAACCUGUCAGCCAAUCACGAGGGCCCUGACAUGGGCACGCCACCGCGCUCGGCACACCGGCGAGACCUGAGCCAGGGGGCGACACUCAGUGCUGACAACAUCAGCGCCACCACGCCAGGCAGGACACGCGCCGCUCCCCAAGACAACAGCCAGUCCCCUGCCGGACCCAAGUCACGAGUGAAGAAGAAGACCUCCAAGAGCGGACAGUACAGGAGAGAGGCGAUACAAGGAGACCUCCCCCCUCCCCCGGAGCCCCCUCCCGAGGAGCGGAUCCUGGACACCCCAUCAGGGACGCUGGAGUACGGACAGACAUCCUUGGACAGAGACGGCAGCUCCCAUGGUAGCUCCAUGGAGAGGAGAGACCACAGCGCCCCCAACAGGAAAAGCGCAGGACAGCGACGCAAAGAAGACGAAGAUAUGAUUCCUUACACCAAGCCAAACCUCCACCUCGCCCGGGGACAGAUGUCCAGCAACUGUUCCACGACGGGCAGCUCCUCGUCGCGGGGGUCCUCGGGUUCCAGAGGGCACAGCUUAGCCAAGCAGCGCAGCGAGGUACCGGCAGAACCGGGGGAACCGUGACGGAGAUGAGAUAAGUGGACCCAAUAACGAAGACGAGAAGACGAGACAAGGCUGCGGAGAGGAAGACUGUACAGGAUCACUGUCUGCCUCACCAGAAAUGAAUCAUGGACUUCUCAAUUAUUAUUUGGAUGUUCUCAUGUUAUGUUAUUGUUAUUUAUGAUGUCGCGGGAGCAUUUGACUCCCUCACUUUCAUAUGUAAAUAGCCAUCUCUGUAAGGUUUUUACAUGGACUUCAGCAGCAGCCGAAGAAGAAAAAAAUAUAUUGUAUUUAUAAUAAAAAAAAAAAAAAUAGUCCAGUAUAACAAAAGAAGGUCAGUGUUUGAAUGUGCCAACCUCCUUUUUUUUGUUUAGUAGAAAAAACAUAUAACAUCGACAUGAACGUAAACAAUAUUGCACUCUUGUUGCGUUGGAGAGCAACAAGAAAGAGAAAUACAAAGCACAAUGCGCGGGUGUGUGUGAGUGUCGACCAGCCCUAUGGACAGACUGAUACUUUCCAAGCCCCAGCUUCAAGCUGCUUCUGCCAGCGACCCUCCGUUACUUGGCUUCCUGUUGUCGUGGUCUGGCGAGAACACUCCUUUUUUUCACUGAGAGAGUUUGCUAUUUGACUGCUGUUGUAAAUGAUUGUAUCCAUCCUUUUUUUAUUUAAUGUUUCGGAGACAGUGUGCAAAAAGAAGAGAAAAAAAACAGAAACAAAAUGUAUUCGGUUUAAACACAAGCAAAACGAUUCCAUUCUGUUGACUAACUUUUUGGUAGUCUUGUUGUUUUGUAAAAUACAAUAAAAAAUACAUUUGUUGAGCUA